UCGGCCCGCGCCGGAAGAGGACGGCGACGGUCGGUGGCGGGGGGGGGGAGAGCCGGGGCCGCCAUGGCGGAAUGCUCCGGCCUCCAGUUCGUCAGCCCUUACGCCUUCGAGGCGAUGCAGAAGGUGGACGUGGUGCGCCUGGCCGCGCUGAGCGACCCCGAGCUGCGGCUGCUGCUGCCCUGCCUGGUGCGCAUGGCCCUCUGCGCCCCCGCCGACCAGAGCCAGAGCUGGGCGCAGGACAAGAAGCUCAUCCUGCGGCUCCUCUCAGGCGUGGAGGCCGUCAACUCCAUCGUGGCCUUGCUGUCCGUGGACUUCCACGCCCUGGAGCAGGACGCCAGCAAAGAGCAGCAGCUGCGGCACAAGCUAGGAGGAGGUAGCGGAGAAAGCAUCUUGGUGUCACAGCUUCAGCAUGGGCUGACGCUGGAAUUUGAACACAGCGAUUCACCUCGUCGGCUUCGUCUCGUACUUAGCGAAUUAUUGGCAAUUAUGAAUAAGGUGUCAGAAUCAAACGGUGAGUUUUUUCUCAAAUCUUCAGAGCUCUUCGAGAGUCCUGUUUAUCUGGAAGAGGCAGCAGAUGUUCUCUGCAUUUUGCAAGCAGAGCUCCCAUCACUGUUGCCGAUAGUUGAUGUGGCUGAAGCUCUGUUGCACGUUAAAAAUGGAGCCUGGUUCCUCUGCCUUCUGGUGGCCAAUGUUCCUGAUAGCUUUAAUGAGGUCUGUAGAGGUUUGAUUAAGAAUGGUGAACGGCAGGAUGAAGAAAGCGUUGGAGGCCGCCGGAGAACAGAAGCACUUCGCCACCUGUGUAAAAUGAACCCUUCCCAAGCUCUAAGGGUCCGAGGCAUGGUGGUGGAAGAGUGUCAUCUACCAGGUCUUGGUGUGGCUUUGACCUUGGAUCACACAAAAAAUGAAUCUCCAGAUGAUGGAGUGAGUGACCUGGUGUGUUUUGUGAGUGGUUUGCUACUUGGAACAAAUGCAAAGGUUCGAACUUGGUUUGGAACUUUUAUCCGAAAUGGCCAACAGAGAAAAAGAGAUAAUAUCAGUUCUGUGCUUUGGCAAAUGAGGAGGCAGCUGCUCUUGGAGCUCAUGGGAAUCCUUCCCACGGUUCGCAGCACACACAUUGUUGAAGAAGCAGAUGUUGAUAUGGAGCCAAACGUGUCUGUGUAUUCAGGACUGAAGGAAGAGCACGUCGUGAAAGCCAGCGCAUUGUUACGUCUCUAUUGCGCUUUGAUGGGAAUCGCUGGGCUGAAGCCAACUGACGAAGAAGCUGAGCAGCUACUGCAGCUGAUGACCAGCCGGCCUCCUGCGACUCCAGCUGGUGUUCGUUUUGUAUCUCUUUCCUUUUGUAUGCUUCUGGCCUUCUCCACACUCGUCAGCACCCCGGAACAGGAGCAACUCAUGGUAAUGUGGCUUAGUUGGAUGAUAAAGGAAGAAGCUUACUUUGAAAGCAUUUCUGGAGUGUCUGCUUCUUUUGGAGAGAUGCUUCUCUUGGUAGCCAUGUAUUUCCAUAGUAAUCAGCUCAGUGCUAUCAUUGAUUUGGUCUGCUCCACACUGGGAAUGAAGAUUGUUAUUAAACCCAGCUCACUCAGCAGAAUGAAGACAAUCUUCACACAGGAGAUUUUCACUGAACAGGUUGUUACAGCCCAUGCAGUUCGCGUGCCUGUUACAGGCAAUCUCAGUGCCAACAUUACUGGGUUUUUACCUAUUCACUGCAUUUACCAGCUUUUAAAAAGUCGAUCGUUCACCAAGCACAAAGUAUCCAUUAAGGACUGGAUCUAUCGGCAGCUCUGUGAAACCACCACUCCACUCCAUCCUCAGUUGCUUCCUCUUAUUGAUGUCUACAUUAACUCUAUUCUUACUCCUGCAUCUAAAUCCAACCCAGAGGCCACAAAUCAGCCUGUCACAGAACAGGAGAUACUGAAUGUUUUUCAAGGACUCUCUGGGGGAGAAAAUACUCGUCUUACUCAACGAUACAGCAUCACAACACAAUUGCUUGUCCUCUACUAUGUCCUGUCGUACGAAGAAGCGCUUCUGGCAAACACAAAGAUACUAGCUGCCAUGCAGAAAAAACCCAAGUCUUACUCUUCAGCAUUAAUGGAUCAGAUUCCAAUCAAGUACCUCAUCCGGCAGGCACAGGGACUGCAGCAGGAACUGGGAGGCUUGCAUUCUGCACUGUUACGCCUUCUUGCAACUAACUAUCCACACCUCUGCAUUGUGGAAGACUGGAUCUGUGAGGAGCAGAUUACAGGCACCGAUGUCUUAUUGAGGAGGAUGCUUCUUACAAACAUUGCGAAGAAUCACUCUCCCAAACAGCUCCAGGAAGCAUUUUCUAUGCUGCCUGGAAAUCAUACCCAGCUGAUGCAGAUCUUAGAACAUUUGACACUUCUCUCAGCUGGUGAAUUGAUCCCAUAUGCAGAAGUAUUGACAUCAAAUAUGAAUCGCUUGCUGAAUGCUGGCGUCCCUCGGAGGAUUCUUCAGACUGUCAAUAAACUUUGGAUGGUUCUUAACACUGUGAUGCCAAGAAGGUUGUGGGUGAUGACUGUUAACGCUCUGCAGCCUUCAGUAAAAAUAGUCCGACAGCAGAAAUACACUCAGAAUGAUCUGAUGAUUGAUCCUUUGAUUGUUCUAAGAUGCGAUCAGAGAGUUCAUAGGAGUCCUCCUCUGAUGGAUAUAACUUUGCACAUGUUGAACGGAUAUCUUCUUGCCUCAAAAGCUUACCUCAAUUCUCACCUAAAAGAAACAGCAGAACAGGACAUUAGGCCAUCCCAAAACAAUGCAAUGGGUCCAGAGGCCCCAGAAGUUACAAGGGAAGAAUUAAAAAAUGCAUUGCUUGCUGCUCAGGACAGUGCUGCUGUGCAGAUUCUUCUAGAGAUCUGCUUACCUACAGAAGAAGAGAAAGCCCAGAGCAGUAAUACCCACAGUUUGCUAAAGAGUGUUCAUAGUACCACAGGCCCUAAGAGUCCUGAACUAGAAGAAGAAGAUAGCUUGCUGUGUAAUCUUCGAGAGGUCCAGUGUCUGAUCUGCUGUCUGCUGCAUCAGAUGUAUAUAGCUGAUCCCAACAUAGUCAAACUAGUUCAUUUCCAGGGUUAUCCAUGUGAACUUCUGGCGCUGACAGUGGCGGGGAUUCCAUCGAUGCAUAUCUGUCUGGAUUUCAUACCGGAGCUCAUUGCCCAGCCUGAACUUGAAAAACAGAUAUUUGCCAUCCAGUUACUUUCAUUUUUGUGUAUCCAGUAUGCACUACCUAAAUCUCUCAGUGUGGCUCGUUUAGCUAUCAAUGUGAUGGGAACCCUACUCACAGUUUUAACCCAGUCAAAGCGCUAUGCUUUUUUUAUGCCGACCCUGCCUUGUUUGGUGUCAUUCUGUCAAGCCUUUCCUCCUUUGUACGAGGAUAUUAUGUCUCUGCUGAUACAAAUAGGACAAGUUUGUGCCUCUGAUGUCGCUACACAGACAAGAGACUUCGACCCAAUUAUUACACGUCUCCAGCAAUUAAAGGAGAAACCACUCGAAGUGUCAGGACUUUGUAAAGAUUCAUCUAACAAAAGCUUUUCAAGGGACAUUGCAAGCAUGGACCCUGACGUCCGGUUAUGCCAGUGUGUUGAAAAUACUAUCAUUGAAAUAAUUAACAUGAGCGUAAGUGGAGUUUAGAAAGAACGCAAAUGAAGUUGUACUGUAGCUAGUCCCACAGUCUAUGGUGCUUAAAUUUGGAGAAAGCUGUGAAAGUGCAUUGAGGAACUGGAGCACAAGAAGUUCGUAUUUUUCAUUCAUUCGAUUCAGUUAUGGCUGAAAAGAAAAGAAUUCUUUAAAGAGGCUUGUGUUGCUUCCAGUGAACACUUUGGAGGCUGAUGGGGUCAGUAGACAAUUUCCAGUGAAACCAAGUGUGAUUUUUCAGGCUUGCUUGGUUUCUGAAGUGAUACAGCAACACACCCGAAAGGGUUUUAUAACACUCCGGAAAGUGAAUACUUAAUUUGUUGAGCAAACAGCAAAAUGAUGGGUAAGAAAAAUUUGAGAUUGAAGCGUUUUGCUUAAGUUAGAUGAACUACUGUCCAGAGCCUUGCAGAGCAAGAUGAAAUAAAAUACUCCAAGGAAGACUUGAAAAAGUGGUGUAAGUAACUUGCAUCAUCACAUUGAGCACUAAGAAAAUGCUUUAACUUUUUUUUAUUUGUGUUUCAAACCAUUGGUCUAAGUUUCAGUUCAUGAGAUCAGGAACUUCAUUUAAAGGAUCAGCCAGCCUUCAUUAAAAGUUUGAAACUGGUCUAAAAGUUUCUUUAAAAAAAAAGUACUACUGUAAAAUGAGCUGUAUAAAUGUGAUUUUUAAAGCUUAUGUAUUUUUAAUGCAGCUCAGAUGGUUUAGUAUUUUUUAACAUCACUUGAUUUAAAAGAGAUGAGAAAGAUUUCAAGAAAUAAGUGCAAAGGUAUCUUAAGUUCUCAUCAGGAUAAGAUUAAAAAAGAUAAAUUAGUGUUGAGGGUGACUGUGAUAGAAGCUAAAUUUCCCUAUAAUGAAAGGAAUGACAGAUUUCAGCCGUACCAAAGUGGUUACGUGCAGCUCGGUGGACAAGAAGGCUGAAUCUUUUGUGCUUCAUGCAUGAAGUUGGUUGUUCUUUCAUAUACAAAAGCUCCAGGAUUUAGCCUCGACAGAUGUGUUCUGUGACAUUGCAGAAGGGUGUGUGUGAUGCAAUAUUUGGGAGUUUCUUGAAGGUUGCACAAGCUCUUACGUGAGGCAGGACACGCUUUUGUGUCAGAGAAAGAAAAUUAAGGUUUGGCUGUUGUGCCAGAAGUGACUGUAGUACUUCGAGACACUUGAUUUGCUAAACUUGUCAAUCCAGCACUUACUCUUUUCCUAAAUGACAGCGUCCAGGGUCCUUAAGUAAGUUAAAAUAUUUUUCAGUUAAAGACAGUUUAUAUUCCAGAAAUGAAUGGUCUGAUUCUUUAGUGUGGCCUUGGGAAAAUCUUGCAUAGCUUGUCUCCUGCCCGUGUUGGACAGUGAUUUGGGAAUAAUACUGAAUUGCCAAACACACUUGGGUUUGCUUUCCAGGACUACCAGCCUGCUGUAACCAUCUGAUAACACCAUCUGGCUACCAAGUAUAUUUUUGUCAUCUUGAUGUAAAGUAUGUAAAUAAUCUAAAUGUAUGUAUUCCCCCCCCUCUCUGUUCUAAGUGUAAUUUUUUUAUGCUGUAGUGGUAUUUAAAUAAAAAAAAAAAACAAACCUAGCGUAUGAUUUGGAUCCAGU